AUGGGCUCAGAAACCAUUCUUAAGCUUCCAGUCGUUGAUUUUAACAGCCUUAACUUGGAAAGCAAAAAUCCUAAGUGGGACGAAGUGAAAUCCCAAGUCCACAAAGCACUUGAAGAGUGUGGUUGCUUUGAGGCUUUGUUUGAUAAGGUCCCUCUAGAAAUUAGGAAAUCCUUAAUUGAUGUGCUCAAAGAGCUCUUUGAUCUCCCUCUUCAAGCCAAGCUACGAAAUGUGUCUAAGAAGCCUUUUCAUGGCUAUGUUGGGCAGUACCCUCAUGUGCCACUCUAUGAGAGCAUGGGCAUUGACGAUGCAAAUGUCCUUGAGAAAGUAAAGAGUUUGGAAAAUAACUUAUGGCCUGAAGGAUACCCAAGUUUCAGCAAAACUAUACAAGCCUUCUCAGAUGAGCUAUCAGAGCUGGAUCAGAUAGUGAGGAAGAUGGUUCUGGAAAGUUUGGGAGUUGAGAAGUACUUGGAUGAGCACAUGAACUCAACCAAUUACCUUCUGAGGGUUAUGAAAUAUAGUGCUCCUCAAACUGAAGACACCAAGCUGGGUAUAGCCUCGCACACAGAUAAGAACAUAGUGACCAUACUGUAUCAGAAUGAAGUUGUGGGUUUAGAAGUUGAAACCAAAGAUGGAAAAUGGAUCACUUACCAACCCUCCUCGCCUCACAGUUUUGUCGUUAUGAUUGGCGAUUCUUUCCGAGCAUGGACAAAUGGGAGGUUAUAUUCGGCAUUUCACAGGGUGAUGAUGACAGGAAAUGAAGCAAGAUACUCAGCAGGGUUGUUUUCGAUUCCAAAAGGAGGGUAUAUGGUGAAAGCACCAGAGGAGCUGGUGGAUGAAGAGCACCCUCUUAUGUUUAAGCCCUUUGAUCACGUUGAGUUUCUCAAGUACUACUACACUGAAGAGGCCCAGAGACAGAAAUUUGCUUUAAAGGCUUACUGUGGUGUUUGA